AUGGCAUCUUCUAGUCAAACUGUUGAUAAUCCCGGCAUUCACAUGAAAAGAUGUUCUCGAUAUUACAAAUCCAAAAUUAUUGAGGGGUUUAUUCGAUUAAGUAAGAACAGUUUAGAGGAAUACUCUAUAUGUAAUACCCGUGCAGAAAAAAGAAAAGGGAAGUCAGUAACUGUCAAGAGUGAAGAAGCCGCAUCUUCAGAGAAUUUAAACUUAGCUUAUUUGGAUGAGAUAAUCACUGAAGAAAAUAGUACUUUUUAUGAAUUAGCGGAUCUGGAAGGCAUAAUUGCGAACUGUUUUAUGAAUGCUAAUGAG